AGACCAGACCAAUUUCGCGUCUAGACUCCAGAAGACAGCUUGGUCGUUUGUCGUCGCUGACCCUGCUACGCGCCUCUGGGUUCCUCUACCUCAUCGUCGAUGUGGCCCUAAUGGUGCGGCAGGCUGUGAAUUCCUAGAGCGCUGGAGUGAAUUUAAGAAGAUUUUGUCCACGUGUAUGGCAUAGAAGAUGAAUUCGUCCUCCUCCACCAUGAAUGAGGAACCUGACGCUCUCUCUGUAGUUAACCAGCUCCGAGACCUAGCCGCAGAUCCUUUAAAGCGACGAGCCAUUGUCCAGGAUCAGGGAUGUCUGCCUGGCCUUAUUUUAUUUAUGGACCAUCCCAACCCCCCUGUCGUCCACUCAGCUUUGCUCGCUCUUCGAUACUUGGCAGAGUGCCGUGCCAACAGAGAAAAGAUGAAAGGAGAGCUGGGAAUGAUGCUAAGCUUGCAAAAUGUUAUACAGAAGUCUACAACUCCAGGGGAAACAAAACUGCUAGCCUCUGAAAUCUAUGACAUUCUUCAAUCUUCCAAUAUGGCAGAUGGGGAUAGUUUCAGUGAAAUGAAUUCACGUCGAAGGAAAGCUCAGUUUUUCCUGGGAACUACAAACAAACGUGCCAAAACAGUGGUUUUGCAUAUAGAUGGUCUUGAUGAUAUGUCCCGGAGAAACCUGUGUGAAGAGGCCUUGUUAAAAAUUAAAGGUGUUAUUAGCUUUACUUUUCAAAUGGCCGUUCAGAGAUGUGUGGUACGAAUCCGUUCAGACCUUAAAGCAGAGGCGUUGGCAUCAGCGAUAGCAUCAACCAAGGUUAUGAAGGCUCAGCAAGUUGUGAAGAGCGAAAGUGGAGAAGAGAUGCUGGUCCCGUUCCAGGACACGCCUGUGGAGGUGGAGCAGAACACGGAGCUGCCUGACUACCUGCCCGAGGAUGAGAGCCCCACGAAGGAGCAGGACAAGGCGGUGUCCCGGGUGGGCUCCCACCCGGAGGGCGGGGCUAGCUGGCUGAGCACAGCUGCAAACUUUUUAUCCAGGUCAUUCUACUGGUGACUUCCCUCUGGGGCUCAAGGACUGUACAAGCGAACAAGGGGCCAGUUUUCCAUUGUCGUGGUGAACUGUCAAGUGCAAUUUGCAAUAAGUUAUCAUGAAAAGUUUCUAGAUCCCAUCAUUGAGAAUGCUGCAUUUUACAUUCUACCGGACAUUUUACCCCACUAAGUGGUAAAAGGGACAGAGGCGACAGGUGGAGUUGCUUUGUUGAUGAAGGUAUUUUGGUUUUGUUGUCCUUUGUUUAAUUGCCUCACUUAAAAAAAAAAAAAGGGUCCACUGUUAAACCAAACAUGUAUUUGUGCAGCUUUACAUUUUAUUUGACAUGAAGCACGUGAUUAGGAAAACUCAUUUUCUCAAGCUUCAGGACCUAGAAGAGAAUUUUUUUUUUUUUUUUUAGCUCAAGUUGUGCAUGACGUACUGAACACUUUUCUCUGCCUUUUCUCGUGAAAGAUAUUUGCUUUGGUACUCUUCACUGAAAGUGGAAAGCAUUUCUCGUUAUUCCCCUUUUGUGCCUUUUUUUAAUUUUGCCAACCAUGUUUAUGGACAAGACGUUACCAAUGACAUUUUGUGAAUUAAAACAUAUUCUUUGGAACGUAGCAGUCCCCCUAAGACUACAACUCUAUGAAAACUUUGCAGUCUUACUUGUUAGAAGUUUUUAAAGGUUAACACAAAAUCAGUCGAGAAGGGAACAUGUGUAUCAGCAAAGUGUUAGUGGAGACUAUUUGAAUGGGACCAAAUGUGGUUCUAGUUGAGUACUUCCUGUUCAGUCUGGUUUAUAUCAGCUCUUGAGAAUGAUGUCCACCCUAAUAUUGGGAGUGACUAUGAAUGGUUUCUAGGCCUUACUUUGUGAUUACACACUAUCCCCUGCUGGGGGGGGAGGAAUUAGCAAAGAACUGACAGACUUGAAAAAAGAAAAAUGGAAUGCCUAUAAUGCCAUAGUGCUACUUGGUAGAGUCCAAUCUUAACAUGACUUGUUUGGCAGAUGCCUGUUCAGUAGGUGUUUCCUUAUUAUUGCCUUUUGUGAGUUUAUUAUGAACACGCAGUUUCUAUUGAAUGAAAAGAAAAAAGACUCCAGUUACUGCUUAUAAAGAAAUAAAGCCAGCAUUUGUCCGUCCACUAGGUUCUUAUGUUCAGCCAGGAAAAAAAAAAAAAAAACAGCACUUCAGUGAAGGUAAGAUAAAUAAAUACAAA